CGCGGGGGCAGCUCCGCCCGCCCGCCGCCAUGCCCAAGGUGGUGUCGCGCUCCGUGGUGUGCUCCGACACGCGCGACCGCGAGGAGUACGACGAUGGCGAGAAGCCGCUGCACGUCUACUACUGCCUCUGCGGGCAGAUGGUGCUGGUGCUGGACUGCCAGCUGGAGAAGCUGCCCAUGCGGCCGCGGGACCGUGCGCGGGUCAUCGACGCCGCCAAGCACGCGCACAAGUUCUGCAACGCCGAGGAGGAGGAGAGCGUCUACCUGCGCAGGCCGGAGGGCAUAGAGCGGCAGUACAGGAAGAAGUGCGGCAAGUGUGGACUGCUGCUCUUUUAUCAACACCAACAGAAAAAUGCCCCUGUGACUUUCAUUGUGGAUGGUGCUGUGGUCAAGUUUGGCCAGGGCUUUGGGAAAACAAACAUAUAUACUCAAAAACAAGAGCCUCCCAAAAAGGUGAUGAUGACCAAACGGACCAAAGAUAUGGGCAAGUUCAGUUCAGUCACAGUCUCCACAAUUGAUGAAGAGGAGGAAGAGAUUGAAGCGAGGGAGAUUGCAGACUCCUAUGCACAGAAUGCAAAAGUAAUUGAGAAGCAACUGGAACGCAAAGGAAUGAGCAAAAGAAGGCUACAGGAGUUGGCUGAGCUGGAAGCCAAGAAAGCCAAGAUGAAAGGAACCCUGAUCGAUAACCAGUUCAAAUGAAAUGCUGCACGUUGCUGGGCGUUUGGAGAUGGGAAGAACGACCAGGAACCCUGCGGCUCCAUCAGCGUAGCAGAAAUAAUGGACAAUACUCAAGAGCAGCUCUCUGCAACAAGCUUGGAGGCUUGAAUCUCUCCCUAGCAUGGGUGAUGCUCGGGUAUUUUAAUAACUGAACUGGCACUGGAAACUUCCCUGAAAUGUGGGUUUGUUACAAAUAGAAAGUUGUUCCACACAGAACACCUGCGUUUGGGGAAAAAUUUUACUGAGUGCCUGCAUGUGUUCCAUGCACCAUUGAUACUUCUCUUUUUGUUUUGAUAGUUUUCAGAUCUGCAUAACAUUUCCAUAAAUGUAUUAGAGCAACAGGUCAAGUGUGCAACAAAGCAAUCCCUUGCCAAAGCAAGCUGUGCGCCUCCUCUUCCUGUUACCUGUGUCCAAACCUGCUGAGAGAGCGGCCACUUGAGCACGGCUGGAGCGACUCAGGUCCGGUCCCAGAUUUAGGAAUCACGCUGCUGCUCACUGUGGUCAGUGGGCAGAGGCAGCAGUUUAGGCUUGGCAGUAACUUUCCAAGUUUAAGCUCCUAUUGAAUGAGAAAAAGCAGCAAUUUUACAGAAUUCCACAAUUAAAACUAUACCAAGAGUUACCUGGCACAUACAAGAAUGUGAAAUUCAACACUACUUUACUGGAAUUAAAAACUGCUGAGCUGUUAGAUCAUUAAUGAAUCAGUAGCCUGAACCACCACUGCUAUAACCAGUGAUCAUUUAAAUUAAAAAACAGCUUCAUUUUCAAACUAACUUUUGAGCUCACCCACCAUAAAAGACUUGGACAACAUUAGGAAUCCAUGCACAGAAGUAUUGCCUUGCUUGGGCAGGAAUAUUUUGCUUUAUCUAUUUUACACAUUCUAAUGAUAA